GCCGAGGCUUUCCCGGCCAAAUUGCUCGUGCGGGAGAGACUUCCAUUGUCGCUCUGAAACUUUCGAAAAAAAUUUUCCCGAGAAAAAAAACACUGACCGAGAAACCGGAGAUCAAGAGCGGUUCGUUUCGCCUGCUCGGGGGGAGCUGCUUCGUCCUCCUCCUCUUGCUCUGCGAGAUUCUCGGGGGUCCUGUCCUCCUCGUGCUGCGGGCGGCGGGCGGCGGCGGCGGCGAUGGUGAGCGCGAGGCUGAAGGAGCGGGAGCGCGCGCGGGGCUCCGCCGCGAUGGGCUCCUCCGGGGGGCCGAAGCAGCUCCACAAUUUCGCGCUGCCGUGCCUCAAGUGGAGCAACCAGAAGCACCUGCGGUGCGUGAAGGUGGGCAGCCCCGGCACGAGCGUCCCGGACGACGGCGGCGGCGGCGGCGGCCGAUCCCUCAAGGUCGCGAUCAGGCGGCGGAUCGGAUCGGACGCCGAGGACGCGGGCGAGGCACGGGAGCUGGGCGGUAGGCCGGGGGUGGUCGUCCUCGGGCCUCGAGGCGGCGGCGGCGGCGGCGGGGACGGGGUGGGAGGGCGGAGAGAGAAGAGGAGGUUGAGCGAUGAGCUCUGGGGGGAGAGGGAGGAAGAUUCCGGUGUUCUGGCCGAGAAUAAGGAAGUGUCGGAGGCGCAGGUGGCUGUGCCGUGGAAUCUGAGGACGAGGAGGCCGGGUUAUAAGGGUCCGACCUUCGUGUAUGGAGGAGCGAAAUUCGGUGAUUCACCGACCAGGAGCGAGGAGGUUGAUGUUGGUGGUGGUGGUGGUGGUUAUGGUAGCGGCAAUGGUGGGAAGAACGAGGAGAGAGACGAGUUCGCGGUGCCGCUCAAGAGGAAGGAAAUCGAGGCGGAUUUCAUGGCGAUGACCGGACAUCGGCCCCCGCGUAGGCCGAAGAAGAGAAACAGGGCAGUGCAGAAGAAUUUGGAUACUCUUUUUCCUGGAUUGUGGUUGACGGAAGUGACAGCUGAUGCGUACAAAGUCGAAGAGGUUCCUGAAUAUCCAGAGAAGUAGCAAAGGGAGUGGGCACCUUUAAUGGAACUCCAAAUGGCUUCCUUUUGGCUCUCUGCGAAUUGGGUAGAUGGUGGAACCGUGGAAGGGUCCUUUUCCUCCUUGCUUGUCACCGGCGAUUAGUUGCUUAGAAGUGCUGGUUUAGGUUGAUAAUUAGUUAUAUAUCGAUAUCUCUCUCGAUCUCAAUAAGCCUCUUUCUUAUAAAUAUGGGCGAUUGGCCAAAACUGCGAGGGUGCUGUGGAUAAUUGAGUAUUGGAUGUUUCAUUUUGGUUUCGAUCAUUGCAAGUGUUUAUCAUCAAAAUUUGAUGUGAAUAUCAUUUAGCUAAUGACAGUGAGCAAUUCAAGCAUUAUUUGGCGCUCCCUAGUUGAGCGAACUAUUUGCGUUCA